UCCCUCAACUUCCUUUCCUCCUUCUCAACCUCAUCUUCCGUCUCCCCCAAGACGUAUCCCAAGCGCAUCUUCGGAUCCCCUCAUAUCAGACACCAUGGCCGAACCGAUUCGCGGAAAGCGUUCUCAGGAGACUGUGGCUCCUACGCCUCAGAACACUCCCGCUGCCACCGCUCCCAUCUCCUCCCACGCUCAGCAGCCGGGCGUCGCUAGUAUCAAGGAGGAGGAUCUGGACCGUGCCGCCGCGGCUUCCGUUUUCGCCCAAAACCCCAAGCUCAUCCAGAUGAUUCAGGGUCGUCUCGGCUCCCUCGUGGGCCAAUCUUCGGGUUACAUCGAGUCCCUGCCCGCUCCCGUCCGCCGCCGUGUCGCUGGCCUCAAGGGCAUUCAGAAGGACCACUCCAAGCUCGAGGCCGAGUUCCAGGAGGAGGUGCUUCAACUCGAGAAGAAGUACUUCGCCAAGUUCUCUCCCCUCUACGAGAAGCGUUCCGCCAUCAUCAACGGAAAAUCUGAGCCCACCGAGGAUGAGGUCAAGGCCGGCGAGGAGGAUGACGAGCCCGAGGCUGAGGGUGAUGCCCCCAAGCCUGAGCAGAAGUCUGAGAUCCCCGACAAUGUGUCUGGUAUCCCCGAGUUCUGGCUGUCUGCCAUGAAGAACCAGAUCUCCCUUGCCGAGAUGAUCACCGACCGUGAUGAGGGUGCCCUCAAGCACGUCACUGACAUCCGCAUGGAGUACCUGGACAAGCCCGGAUUCCGCCUCAUCUUCGAGUUCGCCCCCAACGACUACUUCAAGAACACCACCAUUUCCAAGACCUACUACUACCAGAAUGAGAGCGGUUACGGUGGUGACUUCAUCUAUGACCACGCUGAGGGUGACAAGAUCGAGUGGCUGCCCGGCCGUGACCUCACUGUCCGAGUCGAGAGCAAGAAGCAGAGGAACAAGAACACCAAGCAGACCCGUAUCGUUAAGAAGACCGUCCCUACCGAGUCCUUCUUCAACUUCUUCUCGCCACCCAAGGCUCCUACCGAUGAUGACGACGAGGAUGCCGAGUCCGAUAUCGAGGAGCGUCUCGAGCUCGACUACCAGCUCGGUGAGGACAUCAAGGAGAAGCUGAUCCCCCGCGCCAUCGACUGGUUCACUGGCGAGGCCCUCGCCUUCGAGGAGAUCUCGGACGACGAGCUUGACGGUGCCGACUUUGACGAUGAUGAUGAUGACGAGGAUGAGGAUGACCUGAGCGAGGAGAACGAUGACGAGGAGGAAUCAGACGACGAUGACGAGUCUGGCAAGCCCAAGCAGGAGGCUGCCGAGUGCAAACAGAGCUGAGCAAAGCGAUAAUAAAAUCGACGCCAGGCAUUCACACACUCAUGACAUGAAAGGGUCCCGUGGGGUUUGAGGAUUACAUCUAAGCCACCGAUCUACCUCGGAAAAUGGACGGGCGGCGAGCGACAGGAGAAAAGGCUACAGAAACAGGAAGCGGUUGAAGCAGGUCGGCGAUCCAGCCGGUGCCGUUUUCAAGGGGUAGCAUGGUCAGUUGAUAGGCAUCUUUUGCAGGAACCAGCAAAGUUCGCAGCAAAACUCUGGGACUGGAAACCAUCUCAUAGACAGCCAGAGGGGCAGAGUCGGCCCGCAUCUCAUGUUUCCCUUGUUUUUGGCAGCCUCUUUUUUCUUCGUUUUUCGGGGUUCUUGUCUCUGAUUUUUUCUUACACUGAUGUUAAUUUCGUCCUGGCAUGGAGGUAAGGUUAGUGACGGAUGGUUCUUACAGGGUGCAAGGGUUUUCCGGUGCAUAAUACAUAGAGAAUGAGUUUUGCCACAAUGUAAGCUGAAAAUGUUGGUGCAAG